GGCCUUCGCGCUCUGCCCGCCACCGCAGCCACUGUCUCCGCUCCCCGCGCCGGGGCGGCCGGCCGGCCCAAGGAAGGCCUGACAGCCCCGGGCCAGGGCGGCGCCUCGAUGGGCAUCGUGCUCUUGUCUUCCUUAUCACUUCCCCUAACUGGGGCAGCUUCUUUCGAGGCGGGAGGCGCUUCUUACUCGGCUCCUUUUCUCCCCACUUGGGCAAACUUUUCGGCCCUGAAUGACUUUUCCUGAAGCGGACAUUUUACUUAAAUCGGGAGAGUGUGCUGGGCAGACGAUGCUGGACACGAUGGAGGCGCCUGGUCACUCGAGGCAGCUACUGCUGCAGCUCAACAACCAGCGCACCAAGGGCUUUUUGUGCGACGUGAUCAUCGUGGUGCAGAACGCCCUCUUCCGCGCGCACAAGAACGUGCUGGCGGCCAGCAGCGCCUACCUCAAGUCCCUGGUGGUGCAUGACAACCUGCUAAACCUGGACCAUGACAUGGUGAGCCCGGCCGUGUUCCGCCUGGUGCUGGACUUCAUCUACACCGGCCGCUUGACUGACAGUGUUGAGGCCGCAGCAGCAGCAGCAGUGGCCCCGGGGACCGAGCCGAGCCUGGGCGCUGUGCUGGCCGCCGCCAGCUACCUGCAGAUCCCUGACCUCGUGGCUCUGUGCAAGAAGCGCCUCAAACGCCACGGCAAGUAUUGCCACCUGCGGGGAGGAGGCAGCGGCGGCAGCGGCUAUGCGCCCUAUGGGCUCAACACCCAUUGCGCCGAGCUGUAUGCCUCGGCUCCGGGCCCAGCAGCCUCACUCUCCCCCCCGGAGCGCCGCUGCUCUCCGCUUUGCGGCCUGGAUCUGUCCAAGAAGAGCCCUCCAGGCUCCUCGGUCCCGGAGCGACCGCUGAGUGAGCGCGAGCUGCCUCCACGCCCGGACAGCCCUCCCGGGGCGGGCUCCGCAGUCUACAAGGAGCCACCGCUCACCCUGCCACCGCUGCCGCCUUUGCCCUUCCAGAAGCUGGAGGAGGCCGUACCGACUCCAGACCCGUUUCGAGGAAGCGGCGGCAGUCCGGGACCCGAGCCCCCCGGUCGCCCCGACGGCUCCAGCCUCCUCUACCGCUGGAUGAAGCACGAGCCAGGCCUGGGUAGCUAUGGCGAUGAUCUGGUUCGAGAUCGCGGCUCCCCAGGCGAGCGCUUAGAGGAACGCGCUGGUGACCCGGCCGCCUCACCCGGGGGUCCCCCGCUCGGCCUGGUGCCCCCGCCACGCUACCCGGGCAGCCUGGACGGGCCGGGCACAGGCGCCGACGGCGACGACUACAAGAGCAGCAGCGAGGAGACUGGCAGCAGCGAGGACCCCAGCCCACCCGGUGGCCACCUGGAGGGCUACCCAUGCCCGCACUUGGCUUAUGGCGAACCUGAGAGCUUUGGUGACAACCUGUAUGUGUGCAUCCCCUGUGGCAAAGGCUUCCCCAGCUCGGAACAGCUGAAUGCUCACGUGGAGGCUCACGUGGAGGAAGAGGAGGCUCUGUAUGGCAGGGCAGAGGCUGCUGAGGUAGCUGCCGGGGCCGCCGGCCUCGGGCCCCCCUUUGGUAGUGGUGGGGACAAGAUUGCUGGGGCCCCAGGUGGCCUAGGAGAGCUGCUGCGGCCUUACCGCUGCGCGUCCUGCGACAAGAGCUACAAGGACCCGGCCACGCUGAGGCAACAUGAGAAGACGCACUGGCUGACACGUCCCUAUCCGUGCACCAUCUGUGGGAAGAAGUUCACGCAGCGUGGAACCAUGACACGCCAUAUGCGCAGCCACUUAGGCCUGAAGCCCUUUGCGUGCGAUGCGUGCGGCAUGCGCUUCACCCGCCAGUACCGCCUCACGGAGCACAUGCGCAUCCACUCGGGAGAGAAGCCCUACGAGUGCCAGGUGUGCGGUGGCAAGUUUGCUCAACAGCGCAACCUCAUCAGCCACAUGAAGAUGCACGCAGUAGGUGGCGCGGCCGGCGCAGCUGGGGCGCUGGCUGGCCUCGGGGGACUACCUGGCGUUGCCGGCCCCGACGGCAAGGGCAAGCUCGAUUUCCCGGAGGGUGUCUUUGCUGUGGCCCGCCUCACAGCUGAACAGUUGAGCCUGAAGCAACAGGACAAGGCAGCUGCGGCGGAGCUGCUGGCGCAAACCACGCACUUCCUGCACGACCCCAAGGUGGCGCUCGAGAGCCUCUACCCGCUGGCCAAAUUCACUGCCGAGCUGGGACUCAGCCCGGAUAAGGCGGCAGAGGUGCUGAGCCAGGGCGCGCACCUGGCCGCGGGGCCGGACGGCCGGACCAUCGACCGUUUCUCUCCAACCUAAAGCGCCCCUCGCAGGUGCGCCCGGCUACCCGGCGGCCCGGGGACAACUGGUAGCAGCGGCAACGCCGCAGUGGUGGCCCCACCUUUCUAUGCCUCACCUGGCCUCACUGCUUUGUGCCUUAAUCCGGGGGAGCCGGUGGGGGAAAACCCCGGGACGGGGGUGGGAUAGGGGAAGGGAGAUUUAUAUUUUUGAUAUCAGCUUUGACCAAAGGAGAACCCCGCCUCUCCCUGUGGUUAGUCGGCCCCCUCCUCCGGCUCCGUGCUGCUCUUGGGGGGAGGGGUGUCACUAUUCAGACGCUCCCAGCCCUACCUCCGGCCCUUGCGACCACACCCAUUCUCACUGUGAAUCUCCCCGCUGGGGUCGGAGCAUUGGGCACAGUUGGGGAGAGGGGAGGGGACUGAGCCGGCCGGAGGGCCUCCCCGCCCCCCGCUCCUUCCCAGCCCGGGACUGAUAAUGUGAAGUUCCUCAUUUUGCACAAGUGGCACUAGCCCCAGGGCCAACCCUUCCCUUCCUGAUCCACCAGGGUGGGCAGAUCUGGAGCCAGGGAUAACGGCCCUGGCCCACCUGACUCCCCUUCUGAGAUCCCUCUCCUUUCCCUGGGGCCCCAUCGUAUUUAUUGCAUGCGCCCCGGGUGGCCCCUAUCCUGAGCCUAGCUAAGCUGGGCUGGAACGAGGUCUCCUUGGUUCCCGUUCUGUCCCUUUGUAUAUUCCCUACUCUGUACACAGGCUCUUCCAGAGCCGCUUCCAUUUUCUAUACUCAACCAAACAGCAAUAAAGCAGUAACCAAGGUCCCUAA